AGGGCUUCCCUGAAUUAGUAGUCACCUUUGUCAAUAGAUCCGUUAUGUUGAAGCAUUCUGUAAGAUAUUACUAGUUGUUCUCACCUUUCAUAUACUUUUUUUAAACAAAUGUUUAAAGGCAUCCAAAAGUUUUGAGAUACAAAUUUGACAGCAACAGGUGAGACUUGAUAGUAAUGAACUGAAGAAUUCCUCUGAACCCUCUAAGAAGUGUGGUUUUAGUGUCACACUUUUUCAGCAUCGUAGGAUUUUUGUUACUGUGUGAUGUAUUUAUUUGUUUGUGGGGUUGGAUUUGUGGGGUUGGGUGGUUUCCUUAGGGGGUGGUUUUGUUUUUUCAUCUUUCUUUCUGCAAAAUACGAAGAGGCCUUGAAAAUGUGGGGGACUAACACUUGGCACUAUGUAAACAGGGAGAAGAGCAGCCAAGGGCUCUUUAGUGGAUUCCAGAUAUGUCUCCUAAUGGAAAGAACAUUUUGCUUCUGCUGCAGGGUGAAGGUAGCUGCCUGGAUAAGUAUUCUGGGACUGGAGCAGAAAAAAGAUGGCAUUCCAGCUGUGAAACCUCAUAGACCAUGGAUGGAUGCAUGCACCAACCUGGUUUUAGGUGAUGACAGUAAUCCCCGUCUGCAAAUCCCUGUUGUUUGCUGUGAAAAUCCAUUAUUUCGUGCUAACAGUAAUCCAAUGCAAGAGGAGAAAGUUCUGAAGUGUGAAAAAUAUUUUUCAGUCACUGAAAGGCUUUCUUUCAAACGGGAAUUGAGCUGGUACAGGGGUAGAAGACCAAGAACUGCGUUCACUAGAAACCAGAUUGAAGCCUUGGAAAAUGUUUUCAAAAUGAACUCCUACCCUGGCAUUGACAUUAGAGAAGAGCUGGCUCGCAAGUUAGAUUUAGAUGAAGACAGGAUCCAGAUCUGGUUCCAGAACCGUCGUGCAAAGCUGAAAAGAUCACACCGGGAAUCUCAGUUUCUAAUGGUGAAAAACACUUUUACCUCCAGCCUGCUGGAGUAGAAAGAAGGAUGGUUUGUUUUGCUAUACAUGUACAAUACAACAUGAAGAAUUAUUGGAGUUUUCAUAGCUUGUAUUAAGUAAUUAUGAUAGAUUAAUUAUGAAUUAUUAUCUCAAGAUUUCAAAGUUUAUAAUAAUUUUCAUUCAAAUAAACUGUAAAUACUUGAAGUAUUAUGAUAAUCUACUUUUUGUAGAAAAAUGGAACUUUUCCUAUAUAUUUUAGUCAGUAUUUUCAGAAAGGUGUAGCUAUUUCUGCAGUUUAAAAAAACCAAACUCUAGGUUGCACAAGAUUUUCAGCUGAUACAAGUUACUGCAGCUUAACUGAAGGUGACUUAACAAAACUUCAUGGGUUUUAAAACAGUGUGUUUAAAGUCUGAAAUAUACAAUAUGCAAAAC